UUCGGUAGCGUUGCUGCGCGGCGUGAGCCGAGCGCUGCCGAUUACUGACGGAGCGGCCGCACAUCUACAGGCGGACAGCGGGAGCUAACUGCACCGGGAAAGAGGACCGGCUUUCAUGAAUGUGAGUAGCCGAAGAGGCGCUGGGUUAUCUUGGACUACGUUCUAGCAACACGGGCUAACGCUGUGGCGAAAUCUUGGGCGGACCUCCUUGGUUUAAUGGGUCCAAUCAUCGGGAUGUCGCCAGAUAAGAAAGCAGAAUCCCCAGGUGCGCUGGAGGAUCGGGUGGGCCUGCGGGGAGGCUGUGGGACGGGCACGCUGCCCGAGGCGGAGUGCGCCUCCAGCCCUCUGGCCACCAGCCUGGACCGCGCCCCCAGCACCGACGACGAGGAGCUCACCAACCUCAACUGGCUCCACGAGAACCUUCUGCAGAACUUCACGCUCGGUGGGCCCGAGGCCCAGACCAGCACCGGCCCGCUCUUCGACAUCGAAGGCGACCGCGCUCGCUUAGCCGCCUCGUCCGGCUCGUCCGCGUCGUCUCGUGCAGGAGACAGGGACUCACUCAAGUCCAAGCCCCCGUUCUCCUUCUCUCUGCUCAUCUACAUGGCCAUCGAGCAGUCGCCCAGCAAGUCUCUGCCCGUGAAAGACAUCUACGGCUGGAUCCUGGAGCACUUCCCCUACUUCUCGAGCGCUCCUACCGGCUGGAAGAACUCGGUGCGCCACAACCUGUCCCUCAAUAAGUGCUUCCGUAAGGUGGAGAAGAGCCUCGGAAAGGUAAACGGGAAGGGCUCGUUGUGGUGUGUGGACCCCGAGUACAGGCCUAAUCUGAUCCAAGCUCUGAAAAAGCAGCACUUUCCUGCACCGCAUGGCUUCUGUACGCCCCCCGCCUCCCCACCUAGUGCCUUCUCGCCUUCCCGUAACCUCUUUCUUCAGGGCUGCUCUCUCAAAGAAUCUGACAUUGACGCUGCCACUGCUAUGAUGCUCUUAAACUCCGCCCCUGGUCACCACGCCGGCCCGUGUGACCCAGACGGCCCCAUGGAUCUGUCCCGGCCCGACUCGGUCCUGGUGAGCAGCGACCCCAAGCAGGACCACAACUACAGCAGCUCCUCCUUUCAGCGCUGCUCCUCUCGUUCUUCCUCCUCCUCCUCCUCUUCUUCCUCUCCCUCGCUCUCCUCCCUAGAAGAGGGCGGUGGCGGCGGUGGUGACUCAGCUCAGGUCCGGCGGGCGGGCAGCGAGGGCUUCCACAGCGACGAGGACUCGGAGGAGGAGCGCGGCCCUCGGCGGCCCACGCCGAGCCCCCGCCGCCCGGCCGCCCCUCCCUGCAAGAGGGCGCGGUGCGAGGCCAGGCCCGAGCUGGACGACGAGCUGAAGGAGGCGGCCGGGUCCCUCCUGCACCUGGCCGGAAUCCGCUCCUGCCUGGACCUGUCGAAGCGCGCCGCCGCGACCGCCAAGAGCAAAAAAACAGAAAAGCUUCGGAAAUGAGGCAGACUCUGCGCUCCACUCACCCCUUCUCCCGACCCCUGGACUGUGUCGCGGUGACCGUGCCUCUUCCUUUUCUCUUUUCCUGAUCAAUGAGACUCUUUAUUAUUUUCCCCUCUUUUGUGUUGGACCCAUUGUUUUUCGUUUAAGAGAAUCCCCCCCAUCUCUCCAGCUCAAGCUACGGCAAUAGUACCAUUCACGCAGGAGAACUAAGCCAUACGAAGCCUUUUGUGUGAGACAAGCAAGAUUUUCAUACCUGUCCUGAAAGUAGGUGCGCAUUUCCGGGAAGUCAGACGUGGCCCUCCUCCCUGAAAGUCAAGGAUCAAGCUUCUCCGAACGGAAGGGUUUUUCUUUUCUAAUUUUUUUUUUCCUUCAGUGUAACUUCUUUGCAUGCUUCCUCUUCAAAUCAGUGUCCUCCUUUUUCCAAGUGAACCUGUGGUGUUGAUAGAGAGAACGAGUGCAUGUCUAAAACGUACAUGGAACUAACCACUCCUUUGUCCCACUUUUGAAUUACUAAGCACUAGAAGAAAAGGAGAAACUCCAAAAACAUUUUUUUAGUAGACCUCAGCCCAAGUGUCCUCUGUCUUCUUCUGUCAUACAAAGAGAGAUGCAAUAAUUAUCAUCAGACUUCAUUCCUGUUGGCGCUGUUCAUUUUCGUCGUUCAGAUACGAGGAUGUUCUGCUUUGGUUCCCCCGCCAGUGUGCCGGUGUUUUAGGAAUCAGUGCUGUGAAUCGAUGGCUUUUUUUUUUGGGAUUCCUUGUUGGCUAUAAAGCUCGUCUCUGAUCAGUUUCUUCGUCUCAGACAUCAAGAAGACACUGAAGAAGACAUGGAGUUCCUGGACUGUCAGUUAAAAUUGGGAAACUGGUUUAACAUAGAGCCUGUUACCUUAAAGGGGAAUUCCA